AUGGCCGCGCGCCCCGGGCCGCUCUGGCUGCUGGGCCUGGCGCUGUGCGCGCUGAGCGGCGGCGGCGCCUCUGGCCCGCGCCCCUCGCCCGGCUGCCCGCAACGGCGCCUGGGCCCGCGCGAGCGCCGCGACCUGCAGCGCGAGAUCCUGGCGGUGCUCCGGCUGCCCGGGCGGCCCCGGCCCCGCGCGCCGCCCGCCGCCGCCCGGCUGCCCGCGUCCGCGCCGCUCUUCAUGCUGGACCUGUAUCGCGCCAUGGCCGGCGACGACGACGAGGACGGCGGGACCCCCGAGCGGCGCCUGGGCCGCGCCGACCUGGUCAUGAGCUUCGUCAACAUGGUGGAGCGGGACCGCACCCUGGGCCACCAGGAGCCCCAGUGGAAGGAGUUCCGCUUUGACCUGACCCAGAUCCCGGCGGGGGAGGCCGUCACGGCCGCGGAGUUCCGGAUUUACAAGCUGCCCAGUACCCACCUGCUCAAUUGGACCCUCCACGUCAGCAUGUUCGAGGUGGUCCUGGAGCAGUCCAACAGGGAGUCUGACUUGUUCUUUUUGGAUCUUCAGACGCUCCGAUCUGGGGACGAGGGCUGGCUGGUGUUGGAUGUGACAGCAGCCAGUGACCGCUGGCUCUUGAACCGUAACAAGGACCUGGGACUCCGCCUCUAUGUGGAAACAGAUGAUGGGCGCAGCGUGGAUCCUGGCCUGGCCGGUCUGCUGGGGCAACAGGCACCGCGCUCCCAACAGCCUUUCGUGGUCACCUUUUUCAGGGCGAGCCCCGGCCCCGUCCGAGCCCCUCGGGCGGUGAGGCCCCUGAGGAGGAGGCUGCCGAAAAGAACCAACGAGCUGCCGCCCCCAAACAAACUGCCGGGGAUCUUCGACGACGUCCACGGCUCCCACGGCCGACAGGUGUGCCGUCGGCAUGAGCUCUAUGUCAGCUUCCAGGACCUUGGCUGGCUGGACUGGGUCAUCGCCCCCCAAGGCUACUCAGCCUAUUACUGUGAAGGGGAGUGCUCCUUCCCACUGGACUCCUGCAUGAAUGCCACCAACCACGCCAUCCUGCAGUCCCUGGUGCACCUGAUGAAGCCUGACGCGGUGCCCAAGGCGUGCUGCGCGCCCACCAAGCUGAGCGCCACCUCCGUGCUCUACUACGACAGCAGCAACAACGUCAUCCUGCGCAAGCACCGCAACAUGGUGGUCCGCGCCUGCGGCUGCCACUGA